AUUUGGAAUCUUCGGAAAUCUCUGGAAUCGUUUUGCCGUUUUGAUUGCCACGUGUUUCCGACUGCUUUGCAACUCAGUGGGUUUACCUCGCGGGCUGGACCUCGUCAGUGAUGUUGGCUGGUGGCUAUGUCGCGCCUCCGCUUAAUGAAAAGCUGGAUGCAUGGCACGUCAAUAGACCAGAAGAUGGUCCGAUGCCUACAAGCGUAGCGGCUGCACUGGCAGCGCAGGCGAUGGGCUUCGCGAACGCGAACGGAGUGCUUCCAAGGGAUGAAGGAGGGCCUCUGCGAGAGCUGGAGGUCCGGGCAGCUCCACGUCCUGCCUCACCAGCUCGUUUGCUCAGCUGGACUGCUCCACCACUGUCCCCACGGAAAGCGAAGACCCUCACAGAACGAGAGGUGCCACCGGCUGAUGAAGAGAAGCACAGGUCAGAAGCACCGCAUGCCGAGAUCAAGAGCUUCCAGGAGGCGAGGCAAGCAGUUAUAGAGGAGUCCAGACUUCCACGACCUCAGGUUGCUAUUCGGCGCCAGAAGGACCGUGUCCUGGCGGAUGGACGGAUUGAAGCGAAGCACCUGGAGGAGCGAGAGAAGCAGUGCCAAAGGGCCGAGCGGCCAAAGCCUUUGGCAACGACGCCAUCUAGUAGCAGCUUGACGACGUCUGCCGGUGCAUGGAAAAGUCCAAGGUCGCGAGCAACAAGUCCUCGAUCUCGGAUGUCAGACGUUUUCUACAGCCAAUUCUCGCUCACUCGAUAUCCAGAGACAGCUGCCGCAGCGCAACGAUCGCCUAUGAGGAGCGCCAUUGCUUCGCAGGGACAUCCGAUUGAUUUGGUGCCCAAAUGGCAGCCACCUCGGCCAACAGGGCUCACAGGGAGAAGCAAGAGUCCAACUGGAGGAAGACUACCUGGGUGGACAAGAGGCAGUUGCCGCAGUGUGAGCCCACCAGGCCGUUCCGGCCUAAUGGCGUCCAAUGACUGUCUCCUGCGGUUGCGACAGCGUCAGACAGACGAACACGUGGAGGACCACAUCAGCAAGCUUCUGGCUUAUGAGCAGAAACUGACCCGCCAGUGGACUGCCUCUGAGUUCAGACUCAUCGGCCAGGAGUUGCGAAGUCCGAUUUACAGGGACGCGGCCAAGUCCCCAUCUAGCAUGGCUCGGAGAGUUCGCAGUCCUCCGAGGUUCGAAUUUGGAGCCCGUCAGUAGAGUGAGAUGCACUGGCAGUUGUCGGAUUCAGCUGAGGGACCAAGUGAUGAAUUUUACCUUGGAACAUCAGAGGGAACUGC